AUGCUCUAUGCAAAUUGACGCUAACAGUUUGUUUAAUGGCCGCGCGAUGCGAUCGCGAACCGCCGCGCGGUUGCCACAAUCAAUUCCUUCGUUCCGCGACACGCUUCAUACAUGAUCCCCCUUACGGUGAGUGGAACUGGUUGAUAAAGGCUGCGUUUUAACCACGAUUUCCUAAGCGGCUGCGUUGAUAAGAGCUCCUAGCUGGGUUUCUGCAAUCAAACGUUAAAAAACGAGACAAACUGUCUGCCGGUUUCAUAAUCUGUGAAGGAUAAUUCGAACGCAUUCCCAUUUGGAGGUCAAUGUUGCCCGAUUGGCCAUGCACUUCUGUUCGUCUAUGAUACGAUGCCAAGGCCAUUGCUUGUUAGGGCAACAGUAGCGUCGCGAGCAGUGGUCAAUUGACGGUGGUUUCAAUUGAGGUUCCCCAAAAAGUCUCUUCUUUUUUUUCUCGGCUGCACGGUGGCCCACUAUCGAGAUAGCCAGGUUUUGGCCGAUAACGUGGCCCCAUGCAUCAAUUCUCCUGUUGGAGCAUUGUCCGCGGGAUGGGUAGCAGAGGGUUUAAUCUAUAUUUAGUGGACGGUGUAGCCGAACUGAGCGUGAACCAUGGCCAAUGCCAGUCGUCCGCGAUUGCUGGUGAUGCGUGGACGAGUUUGUUUUUUGGUGAACAGUAACCAUGAUAGCUUCGGGAGUGGCCUGGCUGUUGGUUUCACUCAGCCUAACAGUCGAUGGAGCAAACAUUCUCUGUCUGAUGGGAGUUGCGAGUCCGAGUCAUCACAUAUGGAACCGUUCGAUUAUGGAUGCUCUGGCACAAGCCGGACACAAUCUAACCAUUUUGUCGGCCGAUGUGGAGAAAAACCAGCCCGACAACGUUCACUACAUUCACCUGGAAGAGAUAUACCCGACGCUCUACACGGGACCCGAAUCGCUCGAUCUACUCGUGUUGGCAAACGAAAAUCAAUUCGUUAGUGUAAUCUCCUUCUAUCGUGAUUUUGUUGUGCACGAAUGUGCUGGUACUCUGAAAUCUAAGGGACUGCAAGCGGUGCUGAACUACCCGGAUGACUUCCAGUUCGAUUUAGUGCUACAUGAUUUCACGUGUGGUCCAUGUUUGCUCGGUUUGCUGCACAAGUUCAACUAUCCUCCGCUGGUCAGCGUGACCGCGUUUAACAAUCCUCCCUACUCGACCGAAGUCAUCGGUGGACACAAGUACUAUUCUUACAUUCCAUUCUACUCCCUAAGCUAUGAUACGGACAUGAACUUCUUGCAGCGCGUGCACAAUACUCUGCUAGGUCUAACAGAUAUGGUGUACCGCAAUUUUAUCUCGAAUCCACGUAUCGAUCGCAUGAUGCGAGAAUACUUCCCCUAUCCCGAUCUACCGUACGCUCCUGAGUUACACCAACGGUCGAAGCUAAUGCUGGUGAAUGCUCACUAUUCGAUUGAUUUUCCUGAGACUACGCCACCAAACUUGAUCCCGGUCGGUGGAUUACAAAUCAAGGAUCCAUCCCUAUUACCCCAGGAUUUGGAGCAAUUUAUGAACGCCAGCCGGAAAGGUGCGGUACUGUUCUCGCUCGGUACGAACGUGCGCAGUGAUCAGCUCGGACCGGAACGGCAACGAAUUAUCAUCGAGGCACUACGUCAACUGCCGGAUUAUCAUUUCUUGUGGAAGUUUGAAACUGAGCUCGAUAUUCCACUUCCAAAGAAUGUAAUAAUCAGACCGUGGUUACCCCAAAACGACAUCCUGGCACACCGGACGACGAAAGCUUUCAUCACGCAUGCGGGACUUUUGAGCACACACGAAGCCACGUGGUACGGUGUGCCCUUCGUUGGCAUACCCUUCAUUGCCGAUCAACAUCGCAACCUAGAACGAUGUGUUCGUAAAGGUGUAGCGAGGCGUGUACCAUUCCAGACGCUAACAACUGCCGGCCUAAAACAAGCACUGGUUGAUGUGCUAGAGGAUCCCGAAUAUCGUACGAGAAUGGCCGCCCAAUCGGCCUUGUUUCGUGAUCAGCCCGAGAAACCGUUGUCGCGAGCCAUUUGGUGGAUCGAGUGGGUGCUACGCCACCCCCACGAAACCCAGCUUGACUCUCCGGUUCUCAAACUCGGUUUUUUCAAGACCAAUCUAAUCGAUGUGAUAUUUUUUUUGGGAUCUCUCCCCAUUGCCAUGCUGUUGGUUUGUUUGAGAAUUUGUCGAAGGCCAAACCCGGUGAAGGUUAAGGGAGACAAAAAGCGGAACUAGGAAACGGCAGGAAGACACUGCCAAUUGCUCAAAUAAUUCAAGGUAGCGAGGUGUGGCUCUUUGCCGGGGUACGACGAUUGAAAUAAACUAGAGUAUUUAAAGUCAUGCAGUGGAAGCAUAUGAUCAACUAAUAGUAAAUACCAGUUCUAAGCCGUACAACACAACGCUCCAGCAAACAGAAGAAAGAAUGAUCGGUGCGCAGCAAGUGAAACCCUUCCUGGUGGUGCUGGUGCUGGCAAUUGGUUGGUUCGUUACAUCCUGCAUGGCCGCAACCGUUUGUGAUAUCGAACAGAAAACAAACUACGGAUCCCUGCUAACCAAGUUCUGUGAGACAUCGACAAAAGCAUUCGAUACACUUUCCGCCGCCGUGUGCACCUCUGGGUAUAGCAAACUCUGUUUAGCAUGAGUGGAAACUGUUCUCUAAUUUUCAACCUCCCGGAAUUGUGCCAAUA